CACCUAGGCAUGCAGACUGCUUCUACAAACAUUUGUGAAAGAAUGGGUCGCUUUCAGGAGCUCAGUGAAUUUAAGAGUGGUACCAUGAUAGGCUGCCACCUGUGCAAUAAGUCCAUCCGUGAAAUUUCCUUGCUAUUAAAUAUUCCAUGGUCAACUGUUGGUGGUAUUAUAACAAAGUGGAAGCAACUGGUAACAACAGCAACUCAGCCACAAAGUGGUAGGCCAUGUAAAAAAUGACAGAGCGGGGUCAGCACAUGCUGAAGCGCACAGUGCACAGAAGUCACCAACUGUCUGCAGAGUUAAUAGCUAAAGACCUCCAAACUUCAUGUGCCCUUCAGAUUAGCACAAUAACAGUGCGUAGAGAGCUUCAUGGUUUCCAUGGUGGAGCAGCUUCAUCCAAGACAUAUUACCAUGUUUAUGAUCCUCGGUGUGCUGCCAUUUUUAACACUCCAAUGUGUGCGUUUGGAUUGUACACUUAUGUCUCUGAAAUGACGAAUCACACUUUUCUGUCUGGGAAUCUGAAAGAUUUGUCUGGGUUUGACGGUUGCCAGGAGAACGGUACUUGCUUGACUGCAUUGUGCCCAGUGUAAAGUUUGGUGGAGGGGGGGAUUAUGGUGUGUGUUUUUUUUUUUCAGAGGCUGGACUUGGCCCCUUAGUUCUAGUGAAGGGAACUCUUAA